AUGACAGAGGAGAAUCAGAUCUUCAACAAACUCCACCACUCCACACAUGGGAAUGAUGCAUAUUAUUUGGUAGUAGCUAAUUUGGUGUUCUUUCACUGUUUCCAUGCAGGUGAGAAUGUGGCUUUAAAAGGGAAAGCAACGCAGUCAGACCUUGCUGGAAAUGGAUUUGCAAACAAUGCCAUUGAUGGGAAUCGUGACGGCAUAUAUGGUCAUGGUUCCUGUACUCACACAGAAGCUCAUCUCAACCCUUGGUGGAGAGUGGAUUUGCUCCAAAAUCAUAAAGUCUUCUCUGUGGUAAUCACCAACACUGUGGAUAGCGUUCCCAGUAGACUGAAUGGGGCUGAAAUACGAAUAGGAAAUUCUUUGGAGCAGAAUGGUAUCAACAACCCCAGAUGUGCAGUGAUCUCCUCUAUUCCUGCUGGGUUCUCUGAGACCUUUGAGUGUCAUGGGAUGGAGGGACGCUAUGUUACCGUGGUGAUUCCUGGACGUGCAGAGUAUCUAACACUCUGUGAAGUGGAGGUAUAUGGAUCACCAAUGGAUUAAAGUC